GCUUUGUUUCAAUCACAAUGACUUCUUUGACCCCCGUCUCUUACUUAGCGUCGUCUAUAUCUUCCGAUGCUGUCCCUGAAGUCAAAAAAAUUUCAAGAAUCACGAAAGCGUGCUUGCCUCCAAUUGCCACGUUCAGUCAUAAUCUCGCGGAGCUUACAUCUGCCCGAAAAACAAUCGCUUGUGGGGAUCCAACUGAUCGGUCCGUUGGCAAUGCGAAUGUUCGUGGUCCUCUCAGCCUUUUGUUUUGCUAUUGGCCAGGUUGUGAGAAGUCCGUUGAGAAGGUGCCUUUCAGAAGUGCGAGCCAAUUGAAACGUCACCUACUCACUCAUUGCACUCCGAAGCGAGUUUUCUGUGCUGAAUGUUCUUUACAAUUUAAAAAUACUGAGAACCUCAAACGACACUCGUUGAUACAUCAAGGUGUAAAACCGUAUGCUUGCGAAAUAUGUCAUCGCACGUUUGGUCGAACUUCUGGCCGAUCGCUUUGCCGCAAACGGCACCGACUCGCUUCGCGCAGUCAGGGUCCCGAUCAAGUUGGUUCGAACGACGGGCCAUCGUUAUCUGCACUUGAACUAGAAGUGGCCCUUGAUCGUGUCCGUCCACGACCCUAUACGUGUUCUAUCUGCGGUGAUGGUAAAUCGUACACAGAUCCGGGCUCUCUACGGAAGCACAAGCGUCAAUAUCACUCGGCACCAAUUGAACUAACCUCUAAGGAGUUCCAAUCCAUGCCUGAUGCAACAAAAUCUCCCGAAUCAGUUGACCCGCUCGCGGAGCUUACAUCUGCCCGAAAAACGAUUGCCUGUGGGGAUCCAACUGAUCGGUCCGUUGGCAAUGCGAAUGUUCGUGGUCCUCUCAGCCUUUUGUUUUGCUAUUGGCCAGGUUGUGAGAAGUCCGUUGAGAAGGUGCCUUUCAGAAGUGCGAGCCAAUUGAAACGUCACCUACUCACUCAUUGCACUCCGAAGCGAGUUUUCUGUGCUGAAUGUUCUUUGCAAUUUAAAAAUACUGAGAACCUCAAACGACACUCGUUGAUACAUCAAGGUGUAAAACCGUAUGCUUGCGAAAUAUGUUAUCGCACGUUUGGUCGAACUUCUGGCCGAUCGCUUUGCCGCAAACGGCACCGACUCGCUUCGCGCAAUCAGGGUCCCGAUCAAGUUGGUUCGAACGACGGGCCAUCGUUAUCUGCACUUGAACUAGAAGUGGCCCUUGAUCGUGUCCGUCCACGACCCUAUACGUGUUCCAUCUGCGGUGAUGGUAAAUCGUACACAGAUCCGGGCUCUCUACGGAAGCACAAGCGUCAAUAUCACUCGGCACCAAUUGAACUAACGUCUAAGGAGUUCCAAUCCAUGCCUGAUGCAACGAAAUCUCCCGAAUCAGUUGACCCGCCCGAUCCACAUUGUCUCCCAGUAGCGAUUGCCCCCACCGCUGUUGAUCCACCUACACCAAUCUAUAACAAACCAACAGCGGUGCAAUUCGACGAAGACAUAGCCUUGGAUUUGACGGAACCGCAAUACUGUCCAUCUUCUCUCACCGAUGAAUGCGCUAUCGAUCUUUCCGGGGAUUCUACUUUCGGGCUGUCUUCUGCUCCUGACCCGAUCGAUCUCAGCUCUUCACACCAUACGUAUCCUCAGGUGACAUACGACGCAAACCUUUCUACGGAGGAGCGUUUGAUCUUACAGCGGACUAGAUCACAGCAACACCCGCUCAACUGGGACCCGGAACCCGGUUUCAGCUUUACCGAUCUUUUAACAAACAUGGAGCUCGAUGAAGUGGGCGCUGCUUUUCCAGAUCAAGUUGUUUUACUCCACGACUUAUCACCGAGCUGUCCUUCUUCGAAAUCCCACUUUCUGUCCCCUGCUUUGGACCUCCGAUUAAUUCAUAGUUCUUUCCCCUGA